AAGUCCGAUCUGCUCAUUGCGGGACCGGGAUGACCCCUAAACCGCCUAGGGCUUCUAACUCCGCACGCCAGUAGCCCACAGAAUCAUUCCUGCGAAACCUUCGAGAGAAGAGAGGAAGCAACAUUGACGAUGGCAAUGAGAUCUGUCCUAAAUCGAGGAUCGGUGACUCGUUCGAUGGAGUCAAGUCGGGGCGCUUUCACUCGCUACUUCAGCGACAAAGGCCGGAUUCUUAGUGAGGAAGAACAGGCCAAAGAGAACGUCUACAUCCAGAAAUGGGAGAGGGAAAGGAUGGAGAAACAGAGGGAAAAGGCUGAAAAAGAAAAGGCUGAGAAAGAGAAAGCAAAUGCUGAGAAGAAACCUGAAGGGACUCAACAGGGCUGACUUUGUCAUUCAUCCAAGCUUUCAAAGCAUCACUGAGAUGUAAUUAUGAAGAAGAAUAAAGGGGACAACUUAACUCUCAGUGGGCUUUUGUUCACUCUGUGGAAUCAGUUUCUUGUUUAUAUGUCACUGUGUUGUUUGAUGCAACUGCCAUGUUAACUCUGUAUCUCAUGUUAUGACCCCUAACUUGUUUAUAUCUAACUGUGCUGUUUGACACAAGCGUUCUUGCUUGGCCAA